CAGUCGAUGAUAUGACGAUCGCCCGCGCGCAAACAAAAUCCCCACACUCCCCGCCGCCUUCGCUAGGGACCGGGAAUCCUACAAGACGACGGCAGGAUGCAUAUCACUGUACCCCAGAGAUCGCCCAGCGCAUCCGCUCAUCCGUCACCAAUUCCUGGCGACUCGCCUUACCUUGAGCUCGGCGACAUGUCUUCCCCGGAAAUCAAACGCUACGAAGGCCACAAGCCUGCGCCCAUAGAUAUGGCGCGGCUGGAAGAGUUCCGACCCGUUGAGGAAGAGGAGAAGAGCACUGGGGACAAGAUUCAGGACUUUCUUACGAACUGGUGGUUGAUUGAACUCACGGCGUGGGUCCUCAGCGCGUUUGCUCUCGCUGCGAUUGUGGCUUUGCUUGCAACUUGCGACAACAAGCCAUUGCCGCGCUGGCCCAUGUCCAUCACGCUCAACUCGUUCGUAUCCAUUCUCGCUACCAUCAUGAAAGCGUGUCUGGUAGUACCUGUGGCCGAGGGCAUUUCCCAAUUGAAGUGGCUAUGGUUCAAGAAGGCGGGCAUUCUGCAAGACAUUCAGACAUUCGACGAGGCUAGCCGAGGCCUGUUUGGUAGCAUGAAAUUGCUGCUCUCUACGCGGGGCGUUCAUCUCGCCAAACUCGGCGCGCUCCUGUCGGUUAUCGUGUUGGCUAUCGAUCCUUUUGUUCAACAGAUCGUCACUUACCCCAGCCGCACCGUCCCCGGCGCCAUCCACAACGCGACGAUUCCCGUGGCCACCGGCUACGAUGGCUACGCUCCCGGCGGGAUAAUGGGGACGAAGGACCCGACGCUGGCCAUAAAAGCCGCCGUCUACUCAGGCCUCUACGGAAGUGACAUGACCGGUAACGGAGGCAGUGACUUUGCGGUGACGCCAUUCUGCUCGACGGGUAACUGCACGUGGGAGGCGCCGUACUCGUCUCUGGCGAUGUGCACGAAAUGCGCCAACAUCACGGAGAGUCUUAAGUCCAACUGCUCCGGAAGCUUAAUCCCUGAUAGAUGCAACUAUACGUUGCCCAGCGGCCUGACGCUGGGCGGCCAGUUCAUCGGCGGCAAUGCAUUCAUGGAAUCGAAUGCCUAUGGCGAGCCCUCGAGCGUGCAUUUCAACGGCACCUCCGGCAUAAUUGCGUCCGUACAGACGAUCCGUGGAUUGCACGACCUUUCUGCUCAGAGUCUCCUUGGCGCCGUCGCUAACGAGUGCAUCCUCUAUCCCUGUGUUAAUACAUACCGAGCAUCAGUCGUCGGUGGUAACUUCUCCGAGCACAAAAUUGCGACCGUAGAGCCCACGCAUGGGGAAUUAACCGACGGCGGCUUCUCUAGUAACGGCAUCACGUUGCACGUUGCCAACGACGAGACAAAUUACACACUGGCCACGUACUCGAUCCAGGGGUUGCAGUUCUUCUUCGACAACAUUUUCAGGGGGAGCGUCCAGGGCGCCACUGGCAGGGAGUCUGGAACCAGCGACACGGUGCGCGCGCUGUACGACAUGGGAACCUCAAAAUUCGGUGACGGGACGCCUACAAAGGGCGACAACACGACCAUGGAGGCCAUUGCGGACAGCAUCACGAAGCUUCUGCGCACGGGCAAGGGCCUGGAAUACAACCAGACCGCAGCAGCGGGCGGCAGCAGCAUCACGGAGACGUAUGUGCACGUGCGAUGGGAGUGGAUCACGCUGCCCAUAGCCGUGGAGGUGCUAGCGCUGCUCUUCCUGGUCGGCACGAUCGUGCGGAGCAAGACGAGCGGCGUGGCCGUGUGGAAGAGCAGCACGCUGCCCUUGCUGCACUGCCGCAUUGUGGACGAGGACCAGCACGGCGCGCAGAGCGCGGCAGCUAGUGGAGGCUUUAGUCCCGGCACGCCCAUGACGCCGUAUGCGCGCGAGGGCGUCACGAGCUCGUGGGGCAGCGGCAAACUGCACGAGCUCAAUCGCUGGGCCAUGAGUUCAGAGGUGCGGCUGCAGAGGAGCGAGACGGGUGCGAGUGAAUUUGUUACUAAGCGGAGGGAUGUCAGGGAGUAGAACUGUGCUUUGCUUGUUGAAGUGCUGUUUUAGUAAUGAGAUUUAUUGUAAUAUGUAUACAUAUCCAAAACAUAGUAUAAUUAGGACAUCGAUCGCAGCUGGCGCUUCCUGGGA